AUGCUUCGCAACAUACUCUUCUCUGCCUCGGGCAGGGGAGGCCGAUCUGUUGUAACUGUGAAAAAACUACCUCAAAUACCGUUCUACAACAGCUACAGGACAGCAACUAAAGUUGGAUCCUUCUCUGGUGUCAGAUACCAGCAUUCAAAGCCGCCAAAUAAGGAUUCGCAAGGUGAAAAUCGCAACAAAAAUGAUAAAGAUGGCAAGAAAGAUCGCGACACAGAUGACUUCAAAACUUUGAGCGAAUACUUUAAAUCACCGCAAUUUAUGAAAACCGUCUAUCUAACAGCAGGACUCACUUUUUUGGUUCAUCUGCUAACGUCUCCCACCUCGGAUCUGGAAGAUGGCCCGGCGCUGACGCUUCAGGAAUUUAAAAGCAAAUAUCUUGAAAAGGGUCUGGUGAAAAAAAUGUAUGUCGUUAACAAGCAAAUGGUGGAAGCAGAACUUGUACCACAGGCCAUGGACUCCCUGGGUAGUGGGAAUGGUUUCUUCUCUAGGCCAAAUACUUCACCCGUAGUAGCGUUCACCAUAGGGUCCGUGGAUGUUUUUGAACAACAGAUCGAUGAAAUUCAAGAUAAGUUGCAAAUACCGCCCAACGAACGAAUCCCCGUCACCUACGUCGAAAAAGCAUCCAUUCUGCAGUACUUGUUCCCCUUUGUACCUACCAUCAUUUUACUGGGAGGUUUAUACUUCAUCACGAGACGAGCUUCGGGCUCUAUGGGUGGAGCUGGUGGAGGUGGUCCCAUGGGAGGUAUGUUUGGCGUUGGGAAGUCCAAGGCCAAACUUUUCAACAAAGAAACAGAUAUCAAGGUGAAAUUCAAAGACGUUGCUGGAUGUAUUGAAGCCAAAUCCGAAAUUAUGGAGUUUGUGCAUUUCUUACAAAAACCAGAUAAGUAUCGUGCGUUGGGAGCCAAAAUCCCCCGCGGUGCUAUUCUCUCUGGCCCACCAGGUACCGGAAAGACUUUACUUGCUAAGGCUACGGCUGGUGAAGCUGGUGUUCCAUUUUUGUCAGUAUCUGGGUCUGAAUUUGUCGAAAUGUUUGUCGGUGUAGGUGCCUCCCGUGUACGCGAUCUAUUUGAAAACGCCAGAAAAAUGGCACCUUCCAUCAUUUUUGUCGAUGAGAUUGAUGCCAUCGGGAAAGAAAGAGGGAAAGGUGGUGCCAUGGGUGGAUCAAAUGACGAGCGUGAGGCCACACUUAAUCAGUUGUUGGUAGAGAUGGAUGGUUUCAGUACGAGUGAUCAAGUUGUUGUUUUGGCAGGCACUAAUAGACCAGACGUUCUGGACGGCGCAUUGUUGAGACCUGGAAGGUUCGAUCGUCACAUUCAGAUCGAUGCUCCUGACGUCGAAGGCCGCAAAGCUAUCUACCAAGUACACCUGAAAAAGCUAAAUUUGAGCCCUAAGUAUGGCGAACCAGCCGAAAAGGAACUGCUUGCAGGUAAACUUGCCGCACUAACACCAGGGUUUGCCGGCGCUGACAUUGCCAAUGCAUGCAAUGAAGCUGCUUUGAUCGCAGCUAGGCAUCAAAAACCAUUUGUCGAGCUUUCAAAUUUCGAACAAGCCAUUGAAAGAGUCAUUGCUGGUCUGGAAAAGAAGUCAAGAGUUCUUUCUCCGGAAGAGAAAAAGACUGUCGCUUACCAUGAAGCUGGCCAUGCAGUCUGUGGCUGGUACCUACAGCACGCAGAUCCGCUAUUGAAAGUGAGUAUAAUUCCUAGGGGCCAAGGUGCUUUAGGUUAUGCUCAGUACUUACCUCCUGACCAAUAUCUUGUUACUCAGGAGCAAUUUGAACAUCGCAUGGUGAUGGCUUUAGGGGGGAGAGUCUCUGAAGAACUGCAUUUCCCCUUCGUCACCAGCGGAGCGCACGACGACUUCAAGAAAGUCACAAAUAUGGCUCAGGCAAUGGUCACUAAACUUGGAAUGUCCCGCACUAUCGGGUAUGUCGCUUAUGAUCAAGAUGCCGGUGGUGUUCAAGUCAACAAACCAUUCAGCGAGAAGACCGCGCGCAAGAUUGAUCAAGAGGUAAAGAAAAUUGUUGACUAUGCCCAUCAGGCUUGCAAACAGCUCCUGGUCGAACAUAGCCAAAACGUGGAACAAGUCGCUCAAGAACUGUUAAAGAAAGAGGUGAUAACCAGGGAGGACAUGAUAAGGUUAUUAGGACCUCGACCAUUUCCAGAGCGGAAUGAGGCAUUUGAAAAAUACCUGGAUCCAAAGAAUAGCAACGGAAAUGUGGUAAAUGCAUAA